GUAGAUAAAAUUUGUCCCGCCUGUGUUUGUGCUGUGAAAUAUAAAUUUGUCCUUGUCUUGUCUCUUCCUAGCUCAUUGACUUUCAGAUUGACUUUUCCUCCCAUAACCGCUUUUCUUAAACGAGAAACCUUCCGCCAUUGGACAAAAUCUUCAUUUUGGAUGCUCCAACAAUGAGAGGGAAAAACCUUAAACCCAACUCCACCUUCAAGACCAAGCUAGGGUUACCAUUCGUUUUCCUUCUCUGCAUCUUCUUCUUCCUUCUUGGAUUUUUUGGCUCAAAUCUUAUCGCACAGGAUCAGGAAUUUAGCGGUGAUGGUAGAGCGAUAGAGAGAAGGCUGGAAUCGACGAAAGAACAAACAGAGUAUGAAUUGUUGCUCACUGGAGAGACCGGUGACGAUUCAAUUACUGAAAUUCCUUUUCAGGUGUUGAGCUGGAACCCUCGGGCCCUUUAUUUUCCUAAUUUCGCAACUGCAGAACAAUGUGAUAGCAUAGUUAGUUUGGCAGAGCCAAGCCUAAGACCGUCGUCAUUGGCUUUACGAAAAGGAGAAACGGAAGACAACACAAAGGGAAUUCGAACGAGUUCUGGCAUGUUUAUUAGUGCUUUUGAAGACCAAACAGGGACUUUGGAAGUUAUUGAGGAAAAAAUUGCAAGGGCAACAAUGAUUCCCAGAAUUCAUGGCGAGCCUUUCAACAUUUUGAGGUAUAAUCUUGGUCAGAAGUAUGACUCUCACUAUGACGCGUUCAAUGCAGAAGAGUAUGGCCCUCAAAAGAGCCAAAGGGCGGCCUCUUUUUUGUUGUAUCUAUCUGAUGUGCAAGAAGGUGGUGAAACAAUGUUUCCUUUUGAGAAUGGUCUUAACAUGAAUGGGAACUAUAAUUAUGAGGAUUGUAUUGGUUUAAAAGUGAAGCCUCGGAAAGGGGAUGGGCUUCUGUUUUAUUCAUUGUUUCCAAACGGUACAAUUGAUCCGACAUCACUUCACGGUAGUUGUCCUGUAACCAAAGGGGAAAAAUGGGUGGCUACCAAGUGGAUCAGGAAUCAAGAAUUUGAGGAUUAGCAUUUGUACAUACAUUGAUGUGGCAAUGUAAAUUUGGAGGAUAAAAUAGCAGGAAAAACCAGUGUAAAGGGAAUCACACUUUUGGUGCGAGGGUGGUCAGAGUGAGUGAGACGGUGGGUGUGGCUUACAAGUACUGAAGUUGAGAAUGGGAAAAAAGAAGUAUUGUUGAGUUAAAGAAUAAGGGCUCUCAAAGAACCAGAGAAUCGACAUUCAUUUUAUGGUCACUCAUUUUACAAUAAAAUUAAGCAGAGUGUGACAUAAAGACCACAUUAUUGUAAAACUUACAAGUUAUAUUUUGAGGGGUAUUAUUAAUAAGAUAGAGGGUGGUACAACUUUGUAGUAUAAAAAGUUCAGGGGAUGAAAUUGCUAUAUUCAUUUUAAUGUAUAGUAGUUUCUUGUCAAGGCUACUUAUUCUACUUUAAUCAAAGGUUAUGAUUUUCGUUC